AUGAAUUACUAUGUCAGAUUAUCUGGCCGGAAGCAUCACCUUCCAAGGUCGGAUGCCCGGGGCCGGUCAGCCUGGUUUGCUAAUGUUUGUCAUGUUUGCAUUAAGAGGUAUUUGACCUCCCCAUAUCUAGCGUCCCAUCCAUCGACUUGUUCAAUUACUAACGCCCUCUCUAUUUUAUCUUUGCAACGCCCCAUACUUUCCUCUCCUGGCGAGCUGGGCGCCCUUCUACGACUCCUGCUAUAUUCCCCGCUAGCAGCCGGCAAUAUGAACCAUACACGCGGUCUCAUAUCAUCCGCCCAGGCCCUACGCCAGAUCUUCAUCACACCCGUUCGCACCUCCAGAGUUGGGAUUCUUGUAUUUAGGCCGCUUCAGAAUAGGCCCCAGACUCGUUUUUUUCAACAAUCCCGUUGCCUAGAGCUUCGAGGAUACCGACCACCCGUCGAAAAGCCCCCGAUAAACGAAGCUAUCCGUGCAUCAUUUGUCCAAGUUGUGAACGAUGAAGGCGACCUCGACCCUCCGACGAGACUGGAGGAUGUCCUUGAAAGCUUUGACCACUCUGAGUUCUUUCUUCUCCAGGUGCAAGAAGGAGACUAUGACAACCCGCCGGUUUGCAAGGUCCAAAAUAAGAAGGAAGCGCGAGCACAUGAAAAGGCCAAAGCAAAGUCAGCCCGCUCAUCGAAGGUUACGUUCAAACAAAUUGAACUGAACUGGGCAAUCGAUGCCCAUGACCUGUCACACCGCCUGAAACAACUCUCGACCUUUUUGGAGAAAGGCCGCAGGGUGGAAGUCCUAUUGACUACCAAAAAGCGCAAGCGCAAGCCCACAGUGGAUGAGAUCAAACAGGUCAUGCAGAGUGUUUUGGACACAAUCAGAGAGGCCGGUGGAACUCAGACAAAAGCAAUGGAGGGGGAACCUGGGAAGCAACUCAAGAUUACUGCACAGAAGAAUAUCUAG